AUGGUGACCUCACAUGAAGCCAGUCUGUUUUCUCUUUUCCCCACAGACUUUGAAGCCAGCUUCAUAAGGCUGUUGGACAAAAUAACUAAUGGUUCUCGGAUUGAAAUAAACCAAACAGGAACGACGUUGUAUUACCAGCCUGGUCUCCUGUGUGGUGGGUCUGUGGAACAUGACUGUAAUGUCCUUCGCAGCAUUGGCUAUUACCUGGAGAGUCUUCUUUGCCUGGCUCCAUUUAUGAAGCACCCGUUAAGAAUCGUUCUGCGAGGAGUAACCAAUGACCAGGUUGACCCUUCGGUUGAUGUCCUUAAGGCAACAGCCCUCCCUCUGUUGAAGCAGUUUGGAAUUGACGGUGAAUCAUUUGAGCUGAAGGUGGUGCGGCGGGGAAUGCCUCCUGGAGGAGGAGGGGAAGUGCUCUUCUCGUGUCCCGUAAGGAAGGUCCUCAAGCCUGUCCAGCUCACAGAUCCAGGGAAAAUCAAGCGGAUCAGAGGGAUUGCGUAUCCUUUGCAUUUGAUUUAGAUUUCUGAUCUUUUACUUGCCUCAUGAAGAUAAGAAUGACUCAUAACAAUUUGCUUCUUCCCAGAGUUAUUUACGUUUUAU